AAUACAGUGCUUCUUUGUACAUUAAAGAAAAUAACAUUAAUGAAAUGAUUUUGUAGUUAAAAAUAAGAUCAAAUUAAUUAUUGUUUGAAAAAUAAAUUAUAAAAAUUAAUAAUAAUUAUACAAAAAAAUAUUUUCGGAUGACAAAAUUUUUGAGUUAUAUAAGUGAAAUGUCAAAGUUGGUUUUUCGACCGACACAUUCAAAAGAGAAGGCAUGGCAUGAAGAAUGUCUAAAAUAUGGUAUUUAUAAUGAUACGGACAGUAAUAGAUACAAACAAAGACGUUUCUCUUGUCGACGUUUAAGGAAACGUGUUAUUUUUAAGCAAGGCGAUUGUAAUAUAGUACAAGGAAAUGUAGCAAAACGAAGAAGACGAUAUUUACAGGAUAUUUUUACAACACUUGUUGAUGCACAAUGGCGUUGGACAUUAUUAAUAUUUGUUUUAAGUUUUCUUAUUUCAUGGGCAACAUUUGGUAUUAUCUGGUUUAUAAUUGCAUAUAAACAUGGUGAUAUUGAAUAUAUAAGAAUGACAAGUUCUACAAUAAUUAAUGAAAAUAAUGAUGAUCCUAUUCAAGAAAUAUUUAAUGAAACUUUUAAAGUUUGUAUAACAGAAAUUCAUAGCUUUACAUCAGCAUUUUUAUUUUCUGUUGAAACACAACAUACAAUUGGUUUUGGUAAUCGUUAUAUAACUGAAGAAUGUCCUUAUGCAAUUUUCAUAAUGUGUUUACAAUGUUUAACUGGUGUUAUUAUACAAGCUUUUAUGGUUGGAAUUGUUUUUGCUAAAUUAUCUAGACCUAAGAAACGAGCACAAACACUUUUAUUUUCAAGGAAUGCUGUUAUUUGUCAUCGUGAUGGUAUACCAUGUUUAAUGUUCAGAGUAGGAGAUAUGCGUAAAAGUCAUAUAUUAGAAGCUCAUGUUAGAGCACAAAUUAUAAGGAAAAAGAUAACAAAAGAAGGAGAAGAGCUUCCAUUUUAUCAGCAAGAACUUAAAGUUGGAUCGGAUGGUAAUGAACAUCGUCUAUUAUUUAUAUGGCCAACUAUAAUUGUACAUAAAAUUGAUCGACACAGUCCACUUUAUGCCCUUUCGGCUCAGGAUAUGCUAAAAGAACGUUUCGAAAUAAUUGUAAUGCUUGAAGGUGUUGUUGAAUCAACUGGUAUGACUACACAAGCACGUAGUAGUUAUUUACCAUCUGAAAUAUUAUGGGGACAUCGUUUUGAAUCAGUAGUGAAUUUUAAAAAAGAAACCGGAGAAUAUGAAGUAGAUCAUAUAAAGUUUAAUAAUACUUAUGAAGUAGAUACUCCAUUAUGCAGUUCUAAGCAAUUAGAUGAAGUAAGAGCUGAAAUAAAUUCACCAAAUGGAUUAGAAAGACUAUGUUCAGCAGGUUUAUUACCAUGUGUAUCAUCAGCAGCUUCAUUGGAUCCUGCAAGUGAUGAUUCAAUUGAAUCAGUUGGACGUUUAAAAAUGCAUGAAAUUUCAUCUACAAAUAAUUUUAAAAUAAGAAAAGGAAGUGUUAAAUACUGUAAUGAAUUAAAUGGAAUGAAUUUAAAUGAAAUUAGAACUGAACAGUUUGUAUUUAACAAAGAUAAUGAGAAUUUUGAAAAUAAUUCUGUUAAGAAUUUUGUUGAAUCAUCAGUUAUGAAUUCAGAUUCAUAUCAAAUUAAUAACAAUAGUAUUAGAAAAAUAUCAGGAAUACAAAGUGUAUCAGUUCAAGAAAAUUCACCUUUAGUUGAUUCAUUCUGUUAACAUGUAAAGUAGAGUAAUUUUAUAAAAAUAUUAUUUGUUUUAGUUAAUUAUAAUGUAUGUACUUGGAAUAUAUUGCUCCACAUAAUUUUAAUACUUAAUUAUUGUUUAAAUUAAGAUGAAAUCACAUUUAGUAUCAGUCAAUAUAAAUAUAUGUAAAUAUUAAAUACAUAUAUUAAUGCAUAAUAUAAAAUAAUGGCGUAAGAACUCGCCUCUCUU